AAAGUUUCCAACAAUUUGACGUUUGACGUUUCGGAUUUGUGAUUUGUGCCGAUGUCAAAAUGGCAGGCACAAUAGUGCGUAUAACAAAUGCAGCACGAAAUCACUACGGAUUUUUAGCUGCAAACUGCAGCAAUGUUCAAGCGGCACUCCUUUCGACACUUCCCCCUGGAACACCCCCACCUCAAACCAAAACAACAUUUGGCCCUCUUGCUGACGAAGACCGCAUUUUCACAAACUUGUAUGGCAAACAUGACUGGCGCUUGAAAGGUGCCUUGAAAAGGGGCGACUGGUAUAAAACUAAAGAAAUUCUGGUCAAAGGGGCAGACUGGAUUAUCAAUGAAGUUAAAACAUCUGGUCUUCGUGGCAGAGGAGGCGCUGGCUUCCCUUCAGGAAUGAAGUGGUCUUUCAUGAACAAACCCGGAGACGGUCGUCCUAAGUACUUAGUCGUGAACGCUGACGAAGGAGAACCUGGCACUUGCAAAGAUAGAGAAAUUAUGAGACAUGACCCUCACAAACUUGUUGAGGGCUGUCUGAUUGCUGGUAAAGCUAUGGGGGCUAAAGCGGCAUACAUUUAUAUUAGAGGAGAAUUCUACAAUGAGGCGUCAAACAUGCAAGUUGCUAUAGCAGAGGCUUAUCAAGCCGGAUUAUUAGGGAAAAAUGCUUGUGGUUCUGGCUAUGAUUUUGACGUCUAUAUGCACCGCGGUGCUGGUGCUUAUAUUUGUGGAGAAGAAACGGCUUUGAUUGAGUCUCUUGAAGGAAAGCAGGGCAAGCCUAGGCUCAAGCCCCCUUUUCCAGCAGAUGUGGGGGUGUUUGGAUGCCCAACAACUGUUACUAAUGUGGAAACUGUGGCUGUAGCACCUACCAUAUGCCGCCGCGGAGGAACUUGGUUCGCAUCUUUCGGCCGAACUCGAAAUUCGGGAACCAAACUCUUCAACAUAUCCGGACACGUUAACCGACCUUGCACCGUCGAGGAAGAAAUGAGCAUCACUUUCAAGGAGUUAGUAGAACGCCAUGCUGGAGGCAUCUUGGGCGGCUGGGACAACCUGUUGGCUAUUAUCCCAGGAGGUUCGUCGACACCUUUAAUCCCUAAGAGUGUUUGCGAAGACGUCAUAAUGGAUUUUGAUGGGCUAGUUGCUGCGCAAACCAGUUUAGGAACGGCAGCUAUUAUUGUCAUGAAUAAGCAAACUGAUAUUGUUAAAGCCAUUGCAAGAUUGAUUAUGUUCUAUAAACACGAGUCUUGCGGCCAGUGCACCCCGUGUCGGGAGGGCAUCAACUGGAUGAACAAAAUCAUGUACAGAUUCGUAGACGGGAAUGCCAAACCAGAAGAAAUAGAUAUGUUAUGGGAAUUGAGCAAGCAGAUUGAAGGACACACGAUAUGUGCAUUAGGUGACGGUGCCGCCUGGCCUGUUCAAGGACUCAUCAGACACUUUAGACCCGAAUUAGAAGAAAGGAUGCGGAAGUUCCACGGACAAGAAAGGAGCGCCGCUCAAUGCUAAGUCUUAGAAUUGUAUUUUAGGUAUUUUUAAAGCGAGGUAUAUUAAUUAUAUUACUUUUAAGUAUUUAUGUCACAAUGUUCAAGGGUUUGAUUUUGUAUGCUUAAAUUCAUCUUGUCAGCACACCAACAGGAACACGAACUGGGGAGCUCUUAACAUCUUAAAACCUGUGGUGUGUUGGCAUUUUGUGAAUUUUUACUCUCUUUAUUGUUAGUGUAUAUAAUUACGUGAUAAGAAAAAUAAAACUAUAGAUGGAUUUUA